AUGGGGUUCACAUCCAAGGACGAGCAAGACCAGCUGGCAGGCUCCCACGGUGACGGGCUCAAGCUGGCUGCGUUAAUAAUGAGUCGAGACGGAUAUAAAAUGAGCGUGGCUGCAAGCCACUGUAGGUGGAGUUUUGGUCUGCAUGGGACGUCCCAGUCUCUCCGUUGUGUCAUCACUCCUUCCCGAAAGAUGAGUCCAGCCAUUCAACGAGACCCAGCUGAUGAUAUGGCAAAGUUGCGGUUCCAGGAUGAAAGAGACAUCACGGUAAUGAUUGGGGCUGGACGUGCCAAUCAAAAUCGACCGGUAUCGUCUGAAACAUUCUUCGGGUGGCUGCGAGUCACUCUCGAUAUUCGCGGGCUCUCCUAUCCCCCCUCGAUUGUAGAAACGCCCCGAGGAGACUUGCUUCUUGAUUCGCAGUUCCACGGAAAGCUUUUCCUUCAUGGGAUCCUGCUACCAAUGACUACUUCAGGGGUCAAGCACUACAAGUUUGGUUACAACUUUGCUCUGAGUAAGUUCAGCCGUGAUCGACAAGGAAUGGUCGCCAAGUGUGAGGUGGCAGAUCAGGUGCGGCAAAUAUGGCAGUGUGCCCUGCACAUGCACGAGCAUACUUUACUUCCAAUUUAUGUCAAUCUCCUUCAGAACUUUCCCCAGGUGGGCGAUAUUGAACAAGCCGAUAAACUUCUGGAACCGUCUACCACGGCCCGUAUCUGGAAAUACUUGCUUCAUGUGACGAGAAGAAAGCGAUUCUUUUAUAGCGAGACAUCAAGCAUCCAAAGUGUGGGCAUGAUACGAGAAACCUCCGGGAAGAGGCCAACAAGAGUUCCAGAGGCCCUCUGGAACCUGCUGCGCUCAGGUUCACCGAUCCGGACCGUCAAGGAGGAGCAGAUAGAGCUUUUCAAGGAUGCUGAGAUUUGUGCUUCGCCCGAAUCUGCCUUUGCAAAAACAACAGACUGGGCUUUGAAGGUUUGCCUGGCACUUUUGAAGACGACCAAACAUAUCAAAGUAGUCUAUGUCAAAGGACUGACAGGGAAGCUUGAUGUGUUAUACGACGCCGGACACGGUACGCUGAAAAUUCAUCAUCGAUGGUUGGACUUUGAUGCGACGCACCAGGAAGCAUCGUGUCGGAAAUGGUUUCCUGCUGCCAUAACCGAAAAGAAUGCGCCGUUUUUCUGCAGUCACGUCGUAGAGGAGCUCUUGUACCUGUCCAUUUCUUCGAUCUUCAAAGCAUCCUCGACGCUGCGUAUGACUGAGAUGAAAUACAUGCGUCAGAUCAGACGCCUGCUUCGAGUUCUGCCGCAUAGCAUCAAACUCAGACCCCAAUCCGGAGGCCUUCUGGUCACCUGGGAAGACAAUGAGGCAGAGUCGUUUCGAAAACUUGGUGGAGGUGGGCCAGAGUACCGAGUCGUCCUCCAUGCAGAAGAGUGUUUCGUCGCCAGAUCGGAGCUUCUCCACUCGGACGCAGUUUACCACCCCUGCGCGUGA